CACCAUGUUCCUAUAUAAACAGAGAAUGAUCAACUGAUUUUUAUCAUUACAUUUCGAUUUCUAUCAACACGGACCUAAUAAACAGACUAUAAAAAUGUUCAAAUACGUGUUAUUUGCUGCUCUUCUGGCCAUCACCUCAGCCAAGCCUCUAGUAGUAGAAUACCCAGUAUCAUCCGUCGCUGCCUACUCGUCCCCAGUAGCAGUAGCAUACACAGCACCGUACUACUACCCCGAAUAUGCGACAGCCUACGAUCAUUACGACUACUAUACCUACCCUCACAGCUAUGACUAUUUUGUACGUCGCGUGGUCCAAUGCCGCAGACGCCGCUACGCGUGGUUGCGCCACCACGCUUCGAGCUACUAUAUAAUGUCCACUGAAACCUCUAACUUGCAUCAUUCCUUCUUUUUCAUUCUUACAGUAACAUCACUAACCAACAACCCUAUCAAAAUGAUGAAACUGAUCGUCAUCCUUUCCGCAUUGGUCGCCAUUGCUGCUGCCAAACCCAGCGUUGCUGCUGCGAUAGUCGCCGCUCCAGCACCAGUAGUAACAGCCACUAGCUCACAGUACUACCACCGUAUUAACAAUGGUCUCGCUGCCUACGUCGCCGCCCCAGCUCCCUACGUUGCCGCCGCUGCUCCCUACGUCGCUGCGCCAGCUCCCUACGUCGCCGCCGCUCCCUACGUCGCUGCCCCAUCUCCCUACGUCGCCGCCGCUGCUCCCUACGUUGCCGCCGCCGCUCCCUAUGUUGUUGCCUAAUAAAUGCCAUAUCAAAAUUCGAUACCAAAUAUUGUGAUACUAUGAAGUAAAUGUUGAAUUGCA